AUGGCGCCCACCUACCCUCCAUCCGGCGCUGCCAUCGAGUACCCCUCACCUGCUGCUUCUCGUCGGGCUUCCGAGUGUUUCUCGGAAGUGAGCAUGAGCAGCAGCAGGCGGGGCAGCUUGGCUGGAUUUGCGUCGGACAUGGAGAGUACCGGGCAGUGGCACUCUGUAGGAAGCGAAUCUAAGAGUCCUCUAGCACAAUUUGGAUUCUUCAAGGGUCUGACCGACAAGAAGACAACAAGAGAGCGAAAGGAGCUGUACAUCAAGGCCCUCGAGCAGGAGGUGAUCCGUCUGAAGGAUACCUUUGCGGCUACUACGAGGGAACGGGACGCUUUCGCAGACGAGAACCGUCGACUGAGAGAGCUGCUCAUGGCACAUGGCAUCUCCUUCGACCACUCCAGCCCGGGGAGCAAUGGCAUGGGCCGCGUCGACAGCUCCGCCUACGGAAGCUCCACUGGCAGCAUGUCAGGCUACGGGCCAGGAUCAGCGUCGACUGGCUACACAUCGCCACCAACACGCGGAUCAAGCUCUCAUGAUGGAAUGAACGGUCAAGCCUUGACUCUUCAACAGCAACAAGCCCAGCAGUCUGGUCACCAUCAGCAGCAUUCGAUGGACUAUGACCAGAUCGGCAUUGACUUCGUCUUAACGCUCGAGCGACCCUGCAUGGACCACAUGCAGUUCUUAAUGGUUCGCGCCAACGAGGCCGACGAAAACAUCAGCGGCCAUGCGCUCAUGGCAACGGCACCUCCCGAUGCGCACAUUACGAAUUGCCCCGAGGAGAAGUAUCCACAUCAGAUGCCGGACGUCAAGAUGCCGGAUUUGAUGAAACUACUCGAUCUCAGCAACCGUCUGCCCCUUGAUGGGGAAAUCACGCCUAUCAUGGCCUGGGCGAAGAUCCUCCAAGACGAAUGCUUCAGGGAUCUUUCCAAAGAGGACAUUGAGCUCGUGAAGAAGGAGCUCCUUGCCAAAGUCCGUUGCUACGGCUUUGGCGCAGUCCUCGAGGAAUUCGAAGUCAGCGACGCCCUGAUGACAGUUCUUGCUAGCAAAUACUCCAAUGGUCCCACGCCAGCAUAA